CUAGAGGAGGAGAUGAAAAGAAAAGAAGAAGAAAGGAAAUGGGAGGAGGAGAGGAAGGUAAAGGCAGCAGAAGAUGUGAAGCCUGUUGGCCAGGGGAGAGCAGUAAGCUCUGAAGAUGUGAAGCCUGAUCAGACCCAGACCAGUGGCAUCCAGCAGGCCCACAGCACUCCACCAGAAGCCUCAAAUGUGGAGCACAGAGGAACCUCAGCUCACCCAGAUCAAGCCAACCCAAAGGAAAGCAGUCAGACUAUUGGUCCCCAAAAUGGCCACACCGUAGAGGCUGUUGAUGCGGGGUCUGUUUGUCUUCCUGACACUACAGAUCAGAAACGCCUGACCUGGAUGCUGCACUGCACCCCCUGGUCCAAACUCUCCAUGCAGAACAGGAGAAAGCAACCACCAGGCCCGCAGGCCAAGAGGAGGGGGCCCAGGAGGCCUCCACAACUCAGCCUGGAGCCUCUGUCUGUGGACACCGUGCUCCAAUCAGGGGCCUGGAGCUCCCUUACACAGGUGACUACAGUAACACUGGAGGACCUGCCCGGCUGCAGCCUGUCCACUCUGUCUGCGUGCAGUCAGCUGCAGUCCCUCACUCUCCGGCGCUGUGGCCUCAGCGCUCUCCAGGGACUCAACUCCUGCACACAGCUAAGGCACAUCGAUGUGCAGGAAAAUUCUGUCUCGUACGUGGACUGUGGGGACCUGGCCCGGCUCCAGGUGUUGAGGCUGGGCAGGAACCAGCUGACCUCCAUCCAUGGCCUGGACGCAGCUGUGGCCUUGGUGGAGCUCCAGCUCUCCCACAAUCGCAUCUCCCGACUCGGUGGCUUGGAUGCUUUGAAGAAGCUGCAGAACUUGUGGAUGGAUCACAACCAGCUCACCAGCACUCGAGGCCUGAUGGAGGCGUUCACGCUGCAGCACCUGGACCUGUCGCACAACCACGUGACGAGGGCGGAGGGGCUGGACCACUGUGCCCUGCUCCGCACACUGCGUCUGGCAGGAAACAAUCUGACAGAGGCUCCCUGUCUGAAGAACCACGUGCUGCUGGGAGAGCUGAGCCUGGAGGACAACAGCAUCUCCUGCCUGGAGGGCCUGACCAGCUGCUGGCUGCCUCUGCUCCGCAGCCUUAACGUGGCCCAGAACAGUCUCACCCAGCUCCCUCCACUCUCUGACUUCAUCUCUCUGAUGGCUCUGGACGUCGGCCACAACUGCCUCGCCGAGCUGCACAGUGUUUGUGAGAGUGUUCAGCGAUGCUCCCAUCUCCAGCAACUCAACCUGGCUGGAAAUCCUCUUCAGCAAGAAAGCACCUGGAGGUCCUCUCUCCUGACAGCUGUGCCAGGCCUGCUGCUGGUGGACGGAGAGCCGACUGGAGCCUCGCUGUCAGCCCGGGCCAGCCGACCCCCGGAGGGAAGCUUCCAGGCCCUGUGCCAGGCCCAGCAGCAGCAGCUCCUCUCUCUGCAGCACACACAGCAAGCACAGAUCAGUUCAGCUCCUUCGCUGUUGGAGGCCCAGCUCCUAUCUGGUUGCCAUAGCGAGGCACUUUUCCGGCUCACAGAAGAACAGCGAUACGCCCACGAAUAUGGAGACACCAGCAUCACACACACGCACCAUGUGGAGACAAACCCUCUGGAAUCUUGUUCCCCGGUGGCAUGUGCGCCCGUUGGUGCUGGGGAGGUGAUGCCCGUUGGUGCUGGGGAGGGGAUGCCCGUUGGUGCUGGAGAGGUGAUGCCAGUUGGUGCUGGGGAGGUGAUGCCCGUUGGUGCCAGGGAGGUGAUGCCCGUUGGUGCUGGAGAGGUGAUGCCAGUUGUGAAGCACAGCAUUCAGACCCCUUCCCCACCAGCACCACGGCCCACUGACCCUCAUGGUACCGGCUCAGCCUGCCGACCCGUCCGUCCAGCUGCCUCUGGUGAUCCAGCCCUGGGCCAGACUGAGCGGUUGCCCAGCCACAGCCUCCCUCAACGCAGCCCAGGCUCACGUCACCCUAAGCUGGACCUCAGGAGCAUGGCAGCUAUGGUCAUCCAGAAACACUGGCGAGAACACCGGUGCCGCAUAAGGAAGUGCCUACCUGAAAACCCAGAGGCUCGUGGGAGAUGUAGUCCUUCAGGAGUGAGCAGGUUCGGGAUGGCAUUGCCAAAUCCUUCAGACAGGGACCAUGCUGCCACUGUAAUUCAGGCGGUGUGGAGGGGCCACGCGCUGCGCUCUCGACUGGCCCUGGCGCUGGCUGCUGCAGCGGCGGGCACCGACCUGGGAGACGAGGGCCUCGAGGAGGUUGACAUGGACGAAUUUGUUUUUGAUGAGGAAGCUGUGGAGAGGGACUGGACGGCGCUGCGUUUUGAUGGCGUCUCGCCUCCCCGAGAGCCGCCAGGAGCGCCGGUGCCGGUGUCAGCGUUCUGUGAGCGGCACCCGCUGCCAAAGCCUGCCCUUCCUCCAGCCCUGCUUCAGAAGAGGGACCCUGUGCUGCUCUGGAGACCCAAGCAAGCCUGGUCUGGAAGGGAGGUGCCGUCGCCCCCGGAGACCAGCAUCCCUCACGGCUCGCGCAGUUCUAAAUCUCCCGCUUCCAUAAUUAGCCAGGACAGUAUCUCAGCGAGAUCAGAGAAGAUUCUUGAAGAAUGGGGUUUCACAGAUAGUCACACUGCUUACCUCAUGCUGAAGAGAGCACAAAGAAUGAAGUCCAGAAAGCAACAGCAGCAAAAGUUACAAGACCCCACCGUGCGACUGGCCCUGUUCCGUAACCAUCAUCUCGUUCCUGCUCCAGUGCGUGGGAGAGCCCCCCCGGAGCGCAGAGACGCCUGUAAAGCUCACCGCACAGAGGAGGAGGAGGAGCAGGGGCCGAGGCCAGGGCGGAGGCAGGGCGCGCAGCCCUACCAGUGGACGCACACGCAGGCCGUGGGCUUGGCCCCCAGCAGCCCACCCCACCCAGACACCCCCAGCACCUGUGCCAGUGAGCGCUUCCUGCCUGAGAUCAAUCCUGAUGUGCUGAGGGGAGGCCAGGUGCAGCUUGUGACUAUUUCAGGGUCCAGGGAUGGAGUUUGUGCUGGAACUGAUGAUCUCUCUCAUAGAGAACCCGGGCUCGUGCGUCGACAUUCAGUUGGACACACAAGAAAAGAAGCUCCCUCACCACAGAGGGUGACCUCCGCUCCGUCCAAAAAGGAGCGCAUCUCAUUCCGGGACAAGCCUGUCCAGCAGAGCGGGGGCUGGGGAGGGGGGAAGAAGAGGGCUAGAGUGUGCAAGUAACAUCCACGCCAAACACACGCCGCUAACAAGGCCCUGAACAUGAUACCGGAGUAGGCUUUCUUGUCUCUGCUGUUCCUUUAUUAUUGCAUUAGUGCGUCUCUGCUUGUGUUCCUGUGCAGUGAGUGUGCUCUGACAAAAGCACUUAACCGGCCUGAAAAUGAACAUUUGUGCCUAAAAUUCUUUGCAGCUGCUGUUUCAAGCUUUAAAAUCAGCUUCCUCUCCUGAAAAUUAAUUAAAGGCAAUGGAUAAGGUAUAGCCUAAAUAUCUGCAGGCCAUCUCUGAACGCCUAUUAUUCUCGGAUAUCAGGGGCUUGAGCAGGUCAACGUCGCUCUGGUAUUGCGUGGACCCGAGCCCAAACCACUUACAAAUGACAUGCUUAAUAUGCAAAAAAUGACAAGAGAUUAAAAACCAGCUCAGCCACUUUCAAAACACAACUAUUUUCCCUUUUCUUGUGGCCCUCGGAGCUUUCGAGCUAC